UGAGAGACGUGAGUACGGCGGCAAGCGGAGGAGCAUCUUUACUGAUGUUUCUAUAUAUCUUCAUAAGGUUAACCUUAAUUAAUUUAGAAUGGAUAAAAAUUCUGAUUCAGAUUCUAAAUCACAUGAUCAUGCCUAUAAGAAUAUGAAUCAAAACUCAAAUAAUAUUGAGAGUUGUAAUGUGAUUUCAAAACCACUUCUCCCUGAAGAUUUGAAUUUUGAUAUCCUUACUUUUGUGCCUCUUAUUUGCUUGAUUAACUCUGCAAGGCAUGUUUGCAAAACUUGGGCUGCUACUAUUACCAGCUUUGGUUUUUCUGAAGCCCAUAAACGCCGUGCACGUUAUAAACAUGGUCUUUACGUCGAAAGUUUCAUGACAGGAGUUAGUUCUUAUUUCUUGGAAUUCAAUGAUGAUGUGAUCAAUGGAGAAUUUGAAAGGACUUAUUUGGGAAUACCUCAAGGAAUGGGAAAGAUAAUCAGUAGUUGCGAGGGCUUAUUGCUGCUUUUGAAUACUUCUGGACAAGUUUUCCUUGUGAACCCCAUUCUUAAAUGCUGGCUUAGAAUUCCUCCUUUUCCUAGUUCGAGGAAACAUGGGGUGUUUAGGCCUCAAUGUACUAUAGUACGUGUUCCACGCACUUCUGAAUUCAAGCUGUUUCUUUUGGAUAUCGUUACUAUUUUGAGUGAGGUUUGGUAUGUUUUCUAUGUGCUAAGAAUUGGAAUAGAUAACUCAUGGAAAGUGAUAGCAAAAAGAGAACUUUUGGCGCCUCACGGGCUUCUUUUUUCGGAACUAAUUCAUAAUGGAGGUGAUGGUCUUUACUGGAAAUCAAAUGAUGAAAUAACAUAUAUAUUGAGAGAGAUAGAUGUUGACAAGGAAAUUAUUAUUACACGUGAAUAUCCAGUUCUCUGGCGUUCAAACAUUUUAUGGAUGGGAAAGUACCUUUCUUGUAUUACCAGCUGCGAAGAUCUUUCUAGACCAUUUCAAGUCUUUAUUUUGGAUUCUGAUUCAAGGGAAUGGUCUUGUUAUCAUGAGAUGGGACCAUUUGAUUAUGUGGCUGCAUGUGGUCACGAGCUUGAUGUUCGAUAUAAGUAUGCGUGCUUUCGUUUGUGGAUCAAUGAUUUAAUUAUCUUUGAUAUAGACAGACAGCAAAACCGAAGAGGAGCUAAUACUCAGAGCCCGAAAAACAUAUAUUUUGGUUACAAUAUCAAAACUAGAAAAUUGACAAAGAUUGAGGGCAUUGACAUGGGCAGUUUUGAGGUAUGGCUUCACACUAACAGUCUAGCUUCAUUACCAAGUAUGGCUACUGAUGUUUAAUGGGGGGUUGUUUCAGUUUAUUUGUCAGAUUUUGGAAACACUUGAUUCAUGGUUUCUUAGUUUUUCUUUUUGUUUUGAAAAGGGUGUGUUUGCUUAAUUAGUCAUAUUUUUAUCGCCAAAUGACAAGUUACUUGGCCUCGAGACAUAUCUUGUGUUCUAUGUUGCUUUUCUUAUCCUCAAAACAUAAAGUUAAAAAUGUGCCAGA